GGACUAGUGGAAACAUAUCUCGAAGAGGAAACAGAGCUCGAUACAACACCACCUGUUAUAACCCGUAGGAGUCAGAACUGACCUUUUUAUUUACAGUCUAUGGUACUGACAGACUAUGAUUGAGAUAUCUGUAUCGCUUUAUGAUGCUUUUAUUUUGGUACUGCCUCUAGGCGGCAGUGUGAAUUUGUAUUGGGCGCGGUUGGGCGCCCUCAGUACCAAAAAUAAGAUCUUCAAUAGAGCAACUAACAUGUUUCAGUGUUAGUUGGUUGCCAUAGAAACUCAAAUGAACACCAACGGUAAGUAAUGCCGAGAAUGAGACAAAAAGAGAAAGCAGAGAUGGCAAAUACCAAGGACGAAUCCUCGAAAACCACAGGACUGACUCCAAAUGAAGACUUGCCUGCUAAGACCCUUGAUGAAUAUCAGUGCACGGGCAAUGUGGAGAUUGACUUUCCAAGGCUUUGUGCUCUCCUGGACAUGAAGGACAUCCCAGCUGUCAGCACCAGGGGACAAGGCUCAUCCAACACUGAAACAGCGCUCAGCCAGUCACAGAUUUGGAAGCCACGCCUCCAAGUCGAGCUGAAGACUGAAGAUCCCUUCUCCGCCAAAGACCUGAAGGUCUCUGGAUGGAAGGUGAAUGAUCAGAUUGCCCUUGUGCUACAGAAGAUGCUUCCCUUCUUGAGUAAACUACAGAGCCUUCAGUUUUGGCAGGCACGGCUGACAGAUGAAAAAAUAAUCUCCCUCAUGAACACAAUAUCUCUGUGCUCCAGCCUCAGGCAUGUGAAGUUAGAGGGCAAUCCUCUUCCAGAGCAGAGCUACCACCUCCUCCUCUCUGAAGACAGCGUCCUGAAUCAUUUAUUCCUGAGAAACAACCGCAUGGGAGAUGAAGGUGCUCGCCUGAUUGGUUUGGCUCUCUCAACAACCAGAUCUGCCAACAAGAACCUCUACACACUUGAUCUGUCCUUUAAUUCUAUCGGUGAUGCAGGUGCAAAACAUAUCGCGCAGGGCCUGCGUUUUAACCGUACUCUGACCAUACUCUCACUGUCCAACAAUCACAUCGGAGAUGCAGGAGUGGCCCAUCUGGCUGCGACACUGGGGGAGUUUGCCCUAACUCAUGAAGAAGUUGUGGAGCGGAGGAAGCUGCUAUGGGAGACAAGGCAGUCAUCCCUGCAGUCGUCUUUUGUGGUUGAUUCCAACAGAUCACCUGCAGAUCAACUCCCCUCAGUACUCAGCAUCCCUUCACUGAGCAGCAGCAAGGGCAAAAAGAAGGAAACAGACAAAAAAGGCGAGAAACCAGCGUCUAAUAAGGACAACCAAAAGCCUAGCAAAAAACCUUCUGAUGUGAAGGGGCCUCAAAGUAAAGGUAGCAAGCCUGGAGGCAAAGAGAAACGAGUACCUGCAAUGGAGGAAAAAUCCAGUACUAUUUUGGCUGAGCAGGCAGAGGAGACAGUGAACCCCCUGCUGGACAAAUCAGUGCAGGCCAGGGACGGAGAGAUUUUUCUGCCUGGAAACACGGCUCUCCUCUCCCUUGAUCUGUCUGGAAACAGAAUCACAGAGAAGACGUUGCCUCUGUUUUUGAAAUCGCUGAAAUGGCAGAGUGAAGUAGAAAGAGGAGGCCUGAUCCGUUUCCCUCUGCAGAGAAACCACUUCCCUUCAAAUUGUGAGUCUAAUGUGAAGAUAAAGGAGCUGAUAGAACUGGCAUUUGAACUCCUCUUCGACUCUGAGAAUCAAGAAGAGGAGGGGCAGGCGGCACUCUAAUAAUAUACCUGAAGCUUCUCUUUGCAAAAAAAAAGAAAAUCCUAUUGUUCCUUGAUAUCUGUUUGAUUUUUAAUUUGUAUUUUUUGAUGUAUUGGUGUGUUCCUUCAAUCUUCAAGACUUCAAACAAUAAAUUUGCUGUUAUAUA